AAACAUACCAUAAGUGAUUAGAUUUGGAAUACAACAAUUGAAGCUUAGGGCAUCUUGUAUUAGGGGUGGAUAUGGUUUGGUUUUGGUUACAAUUACAAUUAAAUUAUUAGUUAACAAGGAAUGGUGAGAAAGCACAGAGACGGGAAAAGCAGAUGGCACCAACAGAGGUCUCCGAUGGCCAGAGAACAUGGAGCUCAUGGAAGAUAUGCAAUGGCUUCGAGGGAUCGAAAGAGAUAUAGAAGAUUGACACUAAUCAGUAUGGAAUUGCUAAAGAACGAGUGGAGUUUCCUCUUUUCUAACUUUCCGGUAGAGUGGAACUCUGAGAUGCUAUGGGCGGUAUUCUCAAGGUAUGGGAAAGUCCUUGAUGUUCGUAUAUCCAAAAAGAGAGAUAAAAGUGGAGGGAAGUAUGGUUUUGUGGGCAAGUUGAGGAGGGUGGAGUCGGCGAAGACUACAAGGGAGACGAAGUGGGUGGUGAAGGAUGCGGAUUCAAAAAAAGGAGUAAAAGGGGAAAGUGUGAACUCUUGUGAAAGGGGAGUUAGAGAGAAAGCAACAAGUGACCAUGGUGAGGAGAGGAAGGUGAUCAAGUGUGAUGUGGAAGAGAAGGAUUAUGCUUGGUUGAAUGCUUGUGCAAUAGGUAUGGUGUUAUCCCUAGAAAUUAUCCCUUCCCUACAGGAGAUCUUUGAGAUGGAAGGGUACUUCAACAUUGCAAUUGUCCCUUUAGGGGGAAGUAUGGUGUUGUUGAAGGGUGAAGAUGGGGAUCAUUUUGGACAAUACAUUUAUGCUGAUAAGCAUACCAUGAACAAAAGUUGUUUGGAAGUAGCUAGAGUAUGUGUCUUGGUGUUUGAGUCUAAGAAUAUCAAUGGUGGUUUGGUCUUAAAUGUUAAUGGUCACCCAUUCCAAAUACAUGUCUCUGAGGAAUCAUGGAGAUCAAAUCCUGCAUGGUGGAUAUGUGGCAAUGAGCAAAUUGAGGAAGGCGACGACACCUUGGAUACAACCUCUUCCAACAGUGUAAAUAGGUUAGAAAAUAAUUUUUUCGGUGAUGGCAAGGGGGAUGUGAAAUGGUCAUAUGCAGAUGCAUGCAGAGAGGGCGGUGGGAGCAAGGUAGGACCUCAUGAAUUAAGGAAUGAGCUGGAAAAUAAUGAUGAUGGAAAUCGCAUUAGAAAGGUUAAUUCUGUGGAGUUAGAGAGUGUGAACAGUGGAGGAGAUAUAGGAAAGGGCUCAGAGACUAGGCUUGAGAAGUCUAAGGCCCAAGAUGGUGAGUCCAAUCGAAUUGAUUCUAAUAUGAAGGGAGAAGUGGGCUUAGCCCAAAAAGAAGUACCAAAGAAGCUUAAAGAGUCCAAUGAAUGUCAUAAGCAAAGAACAGAGAAGGAGAGACGCUGGCGAGAUUUGGAAGAAGUUUAUUACUCAGAGAUUAGUGAUACGAAGUGGGUAACUAGAAAAAAUAGGGGAAUUAGGAGGAAACCUAAGAGGAAAAGAAGGACGCAGAGUAGCAAGAUUGCGGGACUAUCCUUAUCCAAUAGUAGGAAAAUAGGGAUUAUGAUUGGGGAAAAUGAGCAGGAAAUUGUGAGGGUGGUGGAACAAUUGGAGGAUAGAGAUAAGGAGGGAGGCAUGCGCAACGAUUGGGGUCCAAGACCGUUUAGAUCAGUGGAUGAAUGGUUAAAGUAUCCUGGGUUUAAAGAAGUUAGUAGAGAGCAAUGGGAGAUAGCAACAAUGGAGGGGUUCAUCAAAUUUGCUUGGGAAAUUUUGGAGAAGGAUAUCAUGGAUUUUAUGCAAGAGUUUCAUGCCAAUGGCAAAUUGGUGAAAGGUAUAAAUCCCAGCUUCAUUGUCUUGAUACCUAAGGUGGAAAAUCCAGUAAAGCUCAAAGAUUAUAGACCAAUAAGCCUCAUUGGUAGCUUAUACAAGAUUUUAGCCAAGGUUUUAGCUAAUAGGCUAAAGUCAAUUAUGGAUGGUCUAAUUUGUGAAAAUCAAUCAGCUUUUGUGGGGAAAAGGCAAAUAACAGGUGGUGUUCUGGCUCUGAAUGAAGUUGUAGAUGAGAUGAAGAGAAAAAGGUUGGAGAGUUUUAUCCUAAAAGUGGAUUUUGAGAAAGCAUAUGAUUGUGUGAAUUGGGAUUUUUUAAACUGCAUUAUGGAGAAAUAUGGCUUCGGGGGAGUGCAUUAUUUGUUGGAGGAGGCUGUGAAAGUGGGACAACUUGAGGGGGUUGUUAAAGGGAUUCUUAGGUGGUUCGAACUGAUGUUGGGUUUAAAAAUCAAUUUCAACAAAAGUAGCAUUAUUGGAGUGAAAAUUGAUGAAAUGUGGAUGAAGAGGGCGGCUGAAUUUCUAAAAUGCAAGAGAGGGUCGAUCCCUUUUAUGUAUUUGGGCAUGCUAGUGGGUGACAACCCAAGAAGAAGAAAGAUGUGGAUGCCGGUGGUGGAAAGAUUUCAAAAAAGAUUAUCAGGUUGGAAAUUGAGCUCCCUGUCUUACGGUGGUCGGUUAAUACUUCUUAAAUCGAUACUUUCUUCUCUUCCUUUAUAUUAUUUCUUUGUCUUUAAAUUGCCAAUGUGUGUGUUGCAAACACUCAAAAAAUUAGAAUGGGACUUUUUGUGGGGGAUAGGGAUGGAUGCUAGGAGGAAAAUCCACUGGGUUUCUUGGGAUAAAGUCUGUUUGGGGAAAGAUAAAGGAGGAUUAGGUGCACACAAUCUUAGAAUUAGAAAUCUUACCUUAUUAGGAAAAUGGUGGGCAAGGUUUGAAGACGAGGAAGGAGGUUUGUGGAAGAAGGUGGUGAUGGAGAAAUACUAUAGAGGCAGAGAUGCAAUAGGGGUUGAGAGUGUGAGGAAGAGGAGAUUAUCUAAAGUGUGGGGAGAUAUUGUAUCAAUUGGUAGAGAUGUAGAGGUGUCAAAGGAAGUCAUCAGAGAUGGUUUUUUGUGGAAGCUAGGGGAAGGAAAUAGCAUUAGAUUCUGGAUGGAUAGAUGGUUAGAGGGCCAUGCUUUAGAGGAGAUAUAUCUGAGACUAAAAUAUGUCUCCUCUAAAAAGGAGAGUAGAGUGCAGGAAAUGGGGGAAUGGAAGGAGGGUCAAUGGCAUUGGAAAUUCAAUUGGAAAAGGACUCUGUUAGGGAGGGAAUUAGAGGAGGAAAAGGAGUUAUUGGGGUUGAUAGAGGGCAUGAGAAUACAGGCUGGACAACAAGAUAAAAGGAUGUGGACAUUUGAUGGAACUGGAGUGUACACAUCCAAAAAAGCCUAUAGCCUUUUGACUUUAGAUCAAUGGAUCUUGGAUGCUAUUUUAUGCAAAGCAAUAUGGAAUAAUUUUCUUGUUGGAAAGAUGAGUUUUUUUUUCUCAGAGAUUGUUUUUGGACAAGUUGCCUACAAAGAGGAAUUUGAGUUCAAAAGGCAUUAACAUGGAUGGCGAUAACAAUUUCUAUGUUUUUUGUGGGAAAGCGGUGGAAGAUGCAGACCAUGUUUUUGUGCAGUGCUCAUUUACUUAUGAAGUGUGGAUGAAGAUCUUAGCUUGGUGGGGCAUUCAUACAGCAGUUGGCGGUAGCGUGAAUUAGGCUUUUUGGCAACUUAGUCAAGGGUGGUAGUAUGAUAAAAUGCAAGCUGUCUGGUCCUUUUUGUUCAUCUCAGUCACGUGGCAUCUUUGGGGCCUAAGAAAUAAAGUGAUCUUUA